AUGAAAUUCUCACAACUAUCAAGACUGCCCCUACAGAACCCAACACCUCUUUGGUGCACAUUGAGUGUAACGGAGCUGUCUACAAUGAGCAUCUGUUGGCAUAUCACUUGUCUGCUACUGCUGUGUUCCUGCACCCCAGGUUUCUUCAUACAUGGCAUUGUUGGUGGUAAAGUCUCCGUUUCACACAGUCGACCCUACAUGGUCUACAUUCGUGACAAAGUAUCAAAACAAGCAUGUUGUGUUUUUUUAGUAACAGAGGAUUAUGUGAUGACAGCUGCCCACUAUAAACAAAGUCAUCUUAUGGCAUAUUUGGAGAUCGAUGACACCAACUUUUUACCUGACGGUGUAGAGGUAGAUCCCCUUCCUCAUCCAGAAUUCAGUAUAACAGGUCAUGACAUCUUGCUUCUAAAGCUCAAAACCCCAGCAACUCUGAACAGAACUGUGAAUACUAUCACUUUGCCAAAACCUGAGAAUGAAGAAAUCUCAAAGGACUGCAUGGUCAUGGGUUGGGGCUGGAAGAAAUACGAUCACGUGUCUCCAUCAAAUUGUCUGGUAGGCCUACCCAAAACCCAAUAA